UCCACCAGAUCUUUUCAGAAAUUAUCAGACUUUCUCAAUCGUCUCAUUCAUCCAUCACUCAACUACUCUCCCUUCAUCAUGGAUGAACAAGCGUUGUUGCUUCUAAAGGAAGAAGAUGAAGGAAAAAUCAGAAGAACCAGUGUUCCUACUCAGCUCUUAAAGCUAAAACGAACCCAAUGGUGGAUUCUUGUCUUCAUUAGUAUCUUCUUCCUCAUCUCCGCUCAAGCUAUCGCUGUUCUCCUUGGUCGGUUUUAUUACAAUCAAGGUGGAAACAGUAAAUGGAUCUCUACUCUUGUCCAAACCGGUGGCUUUCCCAUUCUUUAUCUCCCUCUUUGUCUCCUUCCUCCGUCUUCAUCACACUCUUCUUCUUCUUCUUGUUCUUUCACUACUCUGCUUUGCAUUUAUCUUUCUCUCGGUCUUGCUAUUGGUUUAGACAAUCUUCUAUAUUCUUUCGGUCUUUCGUAUCUCUCUGCUUCAGCUUACUCGAUUCUAUGUGCUUCACAGUUAGCUUUCAAUGGUGUCUUCUCUUAUUACAUCAACUCUCAGAAAAUCACUGUUUUGAUUUUCUUCUCUGUUUUGUUGCUCUCUGUUUCUGCUGUGUUGGUUUCUCUUGACGAUGAUGAUGAUUCGAAUAAUAGCCCAUCAGGAGAUUCUAAGUGGAGUUACUUAGUUGGGUGUUUCUGUACUGUUUUUGGUUCUCUUAUCUAUUCUCUUCAGCUCUCUCUUAUGCAGUUGUCAUUCGAGAAGGUUAUCAAGAGUGAGACUUUCUCUAUGGUUCUCGAGAUGCAAAUCUACACGUCCCUCGUGGCCUCUUGUGUUGCGGUUAUAGGGUUGUUUGCGAGCGGGGAAUGGAUGCUGUUGAGUGUGGAGAUGGAUGAGUUUCACGAAGGUCGAGUCGUAUACGUCUUGACUUUAGUUGGAACCGCGGUUUCGUGGCAAUUGGGUUCUGUUGGAGCCGUGGCACUGAUAUUUUUGGUGACUUCGCUGUUUUCGAACCUUAUUGGUACGCUCUCUCUCAUUGUUACACCUCUUGCAGCCAUUGCCGUGUUCCACGACAAGCUGACUGAGCUUAAGAUGGUCGCUAUGGUUAUCGCCUUCAUGGGAUUCGCUUUAUAUAUCUACCAGAUUUACCUUAAUGACUUGGAAGUACAAAGAGCACGAGAAGCUCAGGUUGAAUGAUUCUUUAAGGUGUUCUAUUAUUAGUUAAGUGUUUUAGUAAUCUUUCUUAGAACAACAAGCUACUAUUGUUGUAUUGGUUUGUAAUAUUAAUUUAUUGCCGAACGGAAGAAGCUUAUUCAGAUAUUAUUCGUGAUAUAUAACCAGAUACUAGUGUUUGGAACUUUGGAUUA